UAACCAACAGGGGUGAUACGGGGGCAGAGCAUGGCUGACAACGCGAACAACACAGCAGUAGGGCGGAGGGAGAAGUGGUGGAGCGUUGUCAAGGCCAUAGCUUUCGAGCUGAAGCCGUUCAGCCUUCCCAGCGUCGAGGAUGUGAAGGCCGCGGCGGUAGCAGUGAGAACGAAUGUCCGUCAAGUCGUCGACGAACUCGUCAGAGUCACGCCGGAGGCUGUUGGUGCCGUGAAGGCCGUCAACCCGCUCAGGGCGUUAGGGCUGUUGGCUUGGCUCUGCGGGUGGGCACUGUUCAUCUGGCUCGAGUUCGGUGCGGUUUAUUUCAUCAUUUCGUCCAUGGCCAUGAUUUUCAUGAACCUCGGCGAGCGUGGAGAGAGCGAGUGGUCCGCGUACAGCGUUUUCAACGCAGGCUGCCGCGCGCUGCUGGGCACCAUCAACGCCGAGCAGUUCGAGCGCGAGAUCAUGCGCCAGAACGUGGCUGCCCCGGCCCACCACCACGGCGACGGCAACGAGGAUGACAACAACAACCAGGACGAAGAUUUCGUGUGGGUGGAGCCAGAACCGGUAGUGCGCGACGUCGCCGCCGGUGACGCUGAUGAGCCCGAGGAUGGCAACGGAAGCGAGUAUGACGACGAUGACGGUGGUGGUGGCGGCGGCGGAGGCGGCGGGGGUGGAGGCGAAGGAGGUGCUGCUGCUGCCAGAGGGGCCGGGGGGGGGCGGAAGCAAACGAUGAGAGGGGCGGGUGUAUUCCCGGCCUCCCGCGCCCGGCAGGGAUUACCCGCUUGUUGUCGGUCCCUCGCUGCUGACUGAUCCCUCCAUGGGUCGCACUGAACUACUUUGGUCCCGGCUGCGUGCGUUUCUGUUGUAGGUUUCUUGUUUUUCUUUCGGAGGGGGGGGGUGGGAGAGUGUUUCCCAGCUGCCAGCGGCUGCCAGCUUCCAGGCAGGCGUCUAUCCUGGGCAGUGUCCCCCUAAAGCGCGUGUCACACGGCCCACUGGCGAUAGCAAUCAGCUUUGGUGUAUAUUGUAGGUACGGACAGAGGGGUUUUGCGUCGGCGGGACGUCAGCUGUUGCACUCUAAUUUUCUUUCCCCAUGGAAACAAAUUUUCCCGAGUAUUUUUGUGUUUUGUUGCGUUGGUUUUAUUUCAACCGGGCUCAUGUUUUGAAGUAGUCGACUGUGGUUUUUGAGGGCUCUCUUGUCUGGGUGAAGAGCCAAGGGGCGGAGUGAGCGGGUACGACGACGUGCUGCAGUAGUAAGAGACGCAAUUCGCGUACUAGGGUGGAUUGACCUGCCGUAUUGUUUACAGUCACCGUUGUCCGUUUGCUUGCUGACCGGUCAAUCCACACAUGAGUUUAUUUUGCGUCUCUUCCUCUCUCUUUCUCUCUCUCUCUCUCUCUCUCUCUCUCUGUCUCUCUCUCU